AUGGCACCCGACGCCGCAUUCUCAAAUAUCAAUGAUAAAAAUGAAUUCACUAAGUUUACAAAGUUCCUUGCAUACAAAGGGGUACAAGUUAUUGUUGAGUCGAGGAAGGGCGUUAAAAUAGAACCGAAUUCUAAACCACAGUCAGGAAAUACUGACUGGUUUAAUCUACAGAUACCAGACGCACCUGAAGUUAACCAAGCAAUUAAAAAUGCAUUGCCUUCAGACAGAAUACUUGAAACUAUACGAUCUCAACUAAAUGUUGAAAUUUCUGUGCAGACUGAAGAUGGUGAUGAAAUGGUAUUAGAACUAUGGACGCUAGGCCUCGAUGAAACCCAGUUUGAUACAUCGCUUAAAGCAAUGAAUACUGUAUACUUCCGAAUGGGUAUUCUGUUGAAAUCCCUCAUAACAUUGACGAGAAUAACGCCUGCAUAUCACUUAUCGAGAAAGCAAAGAACUGAAUCCUUCACGAUUUUCUAUAGAGUGUAUAAUGGUGAACCGAAACUGAAUUCAUUGGGUGAUUCUGUUAAAAAAACACAAGCCGGAAUGCUGAAAACUCCACUUGGUGGAUUAGGUUUUACCGUUUCGUAUCGCACAAAUUUUUCUAUUUCGCCAAAUAAGUCCGAAAAGAGCAAAACGCUAUUGCUGAAGAGUGACCAUUUCGAACUAAGUCCCAAGCAUGUAAUUUUUGAGUCGAAAAAUAAAAAAGAGCCCAAAGUUCCCCAUCCUGUAGAUCUAAAUAAACCCCUUAGAUUAGCUGCAUUUGUUGACGAAAUGCUGCUGGAACAAGCCAUUAAAGAAUUUCUAUCAGAAAUUCCUAUACCUGUUUGCAGGUUUAGAAACAAAAGCGAUGAUUCUGGCGACAUCCGUGUCGAAUCUAAAAGCACACAAGAAAUAGACAUGGUGGUGUUAUCAAAGAGUCCAACGUCAUUUGAAAUGCCGCCGAAAAAGUUUCCAGAUUAUAGAACUGAAAAUGAACCACCACUGAAGACGCUGCAAUUCCCUUUCGCUGAUGACCACCCAAUUCGCGAAUUGGCCGAGUUUUACAAAGAGUUCUUUAACGCGCCGCGUCUGAAGCUAACAGAGGAAAUAUUCAAGCAAAUGGAAACGAACGAAACUGGAAUGAUGAGUUUAAAUUUUUCUAAAGAUCUUGCCGAGCAUGAAAGUUCACUCAUGCAGUUUGAUAAGUUGGUGGAGGAUAUGUGUAAGUCUGCUGACUAGCAGUACUGCAGUGGGAUGUGAUCUGUAUAUUGGUGUUGGAAGACUGAUAACUUAUCGAUAUAUUUGAUUUAAAUGUAUGUUGUAGAUAAUUAUUCCAUUUUAAUUUGUCUUGUCGUACCUGAACUUUGUGAAAUACGUCGGUAUUUAUUGCUGGCUUAUAAGUAUUGACGACGAGUAAUGAUUUAAAGAUUUAAUAAAAAUAGUGUUAAAUAUU